CACAUUUGUUGUCUCCAGAUAGCUGCAAAAAUGUACAAUGGUCGCAGGUGCUAGACAACGCUCUUCGAGAAGUCAUCAUGGACUAUCAUACCCAACGUGCGAUGGCUCAAGUCGUGCACGCAGCAAUCGACAGCUUCGUGCAGAGUUCUGCUAUGAAAGUGGACUGGAUAAGGCGUCAGAGCAUUGUUGACCAACUACAACAAUGGAUAGAUCUUAGUCUCACCCCUACAAUAGUAGCAAGCGGUGUAUGUAUAGCGCCAAAUGAGCUGACGGACUGGAAACUCACCAUAAUGGAACGUUUGGCCAAACAAAGAAUCAGACACCUUCUCGACUACGUCAAGGCCUGGCCCCACUCGACUGGAGCGAUACUGGACCUGAGAGAGUGCAUACACUCGUCAGAAGUCAAGAUUCAGAUUGCCACAUCCUUCACGCAACAGCUAAGUCGUCGUCUCUUACAUGCUGGUGUGACAACCUCGGAGCUUCUCAGCAUAUACAUCAAUGUCAUCAUGGCAUUCAAAACACUAGAUCCUCGGGGUGUGCUACUGGACAAGGUGGCUACGCCUUUACGCGCCUAUCUCAGGCAUCGCGAUGAUACCGUCAGAAUCAUUGCAGCAAGCUUCUUAGCAGACGUUGAGAUCGAGGGGGACAACCAUAUCAGCACUCCAUCCGACGAGGUCUGCAAUGAGCUCGCCAGAGAAAUAAAUCUCACGGAAUAUCAAGCACACCAUGUAGAGCACAGAGGACUUGAUUGGGAUGACAUGGAAUGGAUGCCUGACCCAAUUGAUGCUGGUCCUGACUACAAAAAGUCCAAAAGUGAGGAUAUCAUGUCUUUCAUGCUUACGCUCUUCGAGCAAGCCGACUUCAUCAAGGAGGUACAAUCUCUGCUGGGAGAGCGAUUGCUGAGCGUGGGCUACGACAAUACCGAGCUCGAGAAAGAGAUCCGACUUGUAGAGCUCUUCAAAACUCGAUUCGGUGCGGAUCGGCUCCAGUCGUGUGAGGUCAUGUUGCGUGACAUACAAGAUUCGAGACACAUUAACAAGACGCUUCGUCCCAAGAAGGAUUUCCCAACACUGGAAGAGGUACAUGCUGCCAUUCCCGAACCGGGCAUACAUACUCAAGCGCUCAUUGGCAAAUUCAACGAUCGAGUGCCUCAGACGGAUUUGGCUGGCCAGAAGUUUAUCGCUUUGAUCAAGUCCGCGGCUAUCGCAGACAAAGCCUCAAACAUGCUGUAUCCAUCGUCCGAACUGUCCAUAAUUGGUUCGAACGCCAACGGCGAACCAUCUGCAGACUUUUAUACCCAGAUUCUGUCUUCCUUCUUCUGGCCGAGUCUUCGGGAGGACGAGUUUGCAGUACCGGCUCCUAUAUCGACAUUGCAGUCACGUUUCGAACAAGAUUUUGAGCGUGUCAAAAAUUUACGCAAGCUGCACUGGCUAUCUGCGCUGGGCAAGGCCACUGUUGAACUUGAGCUUGAAGAUCGAACCGUGAAGCUCGAAGGAGUCCAGACGUGGCAGACCAGCAUCAUCUAUGCAUUUCACAAUGACAACGAUGAGUGUCCGUCCGAAGGACUAGUUUCAAAAUCUGUACAAGAGUUGGAGGCGUCGCUUUCCAUGGACGAAGUGCUAGUCCGUAACGCACUCUCGUUUUGGGUGGGCCAUCGUAUCCUAGUCGAAACCGAAUCAGACGUCUUCACGGUGCUUGAAAAACUGCCAUCGGCUGAGGAAGAGGGCGCUACAGGCCCUUCUGCACCUGUACAGAUGCAAGCCGAUACGGCAAUCUCGGCAGUCAAGACUCAAGACGCAGUACUCCAAGACAACAAGGCCAUGUACGAAAUGUUCAUUGUGGGCAUGUUGACGAACGGAGGUGCCAUGGAUGCGACACGCAUCACAAUGAUGAUGAAGAUGGUAGUUCCGGGUGGCUACAACUUUGGUGAGGACGAGACGAAAUGGUUGCUAGCUGGCUUGGAGGAACAAGGCAAGGCAGUCUCAAACGGCAGUACUUACUCCAUUAGAAAAUAAUGCUAUCAAGAGUUUUGUGAACUAUGCCGCAGAGAUCAAGGUAUGCGCCACUGGCCAAAACGACUCGUUUUGUGGGACCAGCUUACGACGCACAUUUGACAACGCAAAUAGACUGUAGAAAACAUUGUAAUUUAUGAUUAAACAUAUCGAGAUCAGGCACAAAUAGAAGCGU